AUGGACUCACAUGGGCCUGGCCCUCCGCAUCCCCGCCGACCUAGUUCGAGACUUAAGCAGAACCCCUUUCUGCUUGCAGAUGAGGAAAGCCAGCAUGUGGCCAGCACGCAUCAUUCCCAUGGAAAACCUGCAGCCAUUGUGGUAUACGACGAUCUGGAUUGCAGAGAUCCUCGCGAUGUGCACCAUCCUCACAGCCACAGCACUCAGGGCCCUUGGAACCGGAGUGAGAAAAGCGACGAGAAGGCAAAGACUAGUGGACAUCUGCAGACGACCACCGUAUCAUGCACAUCAUCAGAGCCACAGGCGCCUCCGAAGACUGAACCUGGACCCGCGCCUCACACUGCAGACGAGAGCACUGUCCACCGGCAUCAUUCUGCAGGCUUCCACAAUCAACACCAUGUUGCAGAGCACCUCGCAUUUGGGUUAGGUCAAGAGGCCUAUGACCGUAUCCAAAGAGCCAGAGAAGAAACUAAUAAGUCCAUAAGCGCACAUUCACUUGAUGCAGUCGCCACAGCAAGCGCAGACCCUGUUGCGCGAAGUGCGCGACAGCUUAAGCCCCUUACUCCAGCUCAGCCAGUGACACGUAUCGCUUCGUUUCAGUAUACCCAGGAUGCUGUUUCCCCAGGUCAUCCGAGCCACGAUGAGCACCACUCCUCCGCAGAGACAGUCGGUCCCCACAGCUUCGCACAGCAUGGAAUGCCAGUUGAGUCUAUGAGGGAAUCGGGAUCUAUACAUGGAAGAGACGACACGCAGCACCAUCACGCCCAACGCGUCGUCGACCAUGACCGUCCAGCAAACCAGUACCGACAGCACAGUUGGUUUCAUCUCGGGAAGGAUAGUGGAUAUGAGGGCGAUGUACAACAUCACUUGCCCGCACACGAGCAUAAUCGUUUCCAUGACCAUGUUCAGUCAGUUCAGCACAGCACGCAGGCCGAAAGCAGUCACCAUGAAGACGAACAUAGCCGCGAGAACGUUAUCCGAGACUCUCCAGCAAUCCACCCUCGAACGGGUGUUCAUGACGAACAUAGUCACAACUCACAGCAAAGGUCGUGGGUGGAUCAACUUGGCCACAGUACCAGCGAACACGCGGUCCAGGGAACCUCGGCCGCCCAUGAAAAGCAUGAGGAAAGUCAUAUGUUAGACGAACCCAAGCCUUUCCAGAGUAAGCACUCUGUGCCCAGAAAGCGAAUAUCAAGUCCACCAGCAUGGUUGAAGAAUCCGACCAAGCAAGCAGCCAACGCUACUGCAAAACUGCAUCACAUCAACACCAGAAGACACGACUUUCCUGCACACAAACGUGGAUACCUCUCGAACAUCAACGUCGACGACUUGAACGAAAACGAGGCCUCUCGCGAGAGAAACAGCAACCAAGAGCUCAGAACACGGCGGCGAGGCUCAAGGAGUAUCCUUGCUAGCUCGCACAAUGAAGAACAUGCCACAUCUGCACCACUCCCAGCAGGGGCUUCACACGCAGGGCAACAUAAGGAUACGCACUCCAGGACAGAUCGUUUAUCGAAUGUUCACGAACACUCGCAAUACAUCCAUAAAGCAACCUGUCGGGAGUCCUUCAGUCCAUUCUCCCAAGAAGUGAACAAGUCGUCUUAUCUUGGAUUAGACCCCAAAAUCUCAGUUCAGCAGGCCUCGCCAGUACUAGUAGAGCAAACCCAGUCUCAGCAUGCUCGCCGCCAUAUCGGCUCCCCCGCUCCCGUUCAUCAAGGUACUGUAAGGUCGCAUGAUUUUGAUAGAGGUGGUCCGUCGUUUCGAUCUUCGGCAAUCGGGGAGGCCCAUGAGCGACACAAUGGGCGGCACGAUGAGCGACACGAUGAGCGACACGAUGCGCGACACGAAGGUUCUGCACUUGAAUCCCACUACCAAGAAGCGACCCGCCGUGCUAAGACGGAGCUUGAGGAAGUCCUCAUGGAGACUCAUGAGCAGGGUGAAAAUUCCCCUCGCACUAUCAGCGACAGACCUUUGUUACAGCCCCGACAGUUGCCUUUGCACCACGAGGCCAGUGUCACGACUGAAACUUCCGAAGGCCACGAUACUCACCAUUCAUACCUAGUGUUGGAGCGAAGGGAGAGUUCUCACAUGAUCGAUGUGCUGUCUGAACUCGAAGUCCACCGACCAGCUCCAAUCCCACCACCCAAUCAUGACUGCGACUGGAAAGAGCGGUAUAUGGAAUUAACAGCUGAGAUCCGCCUUCUGAAAGCUGAGUUGUCAACUCAAGCUUCCUUCCGGGGAUCGGAGAUGCUGAACACCCGAUCAGAGCAACACCAACACGAAGGGCUGGCACCACAAGAUGACGGCGACCUCGGUAUCGAAGGGCUGACUAUUGUCAUGCAUUUCAAGGGGAAAGAUGACCUGGUCAUCAACACGGACUUGAGCCAGGGCAUGGAGCCGAGUGAAAGCAGCGAGUAUCUGGAAAGCCGGUGA